GUAGUACUGGGUGUGUUGACGGCUGACUUCAUGAGUGGGCUGGUGCAUUGGGCUGCUGAUUCAUGGGGCUCUGUUGAUCUUUGGAUCUUUGGAAAAGCCUUCAUCAGACCAUUUCGAGAGCACCACAUCGACCCGACGGCCAUCACUCGGCACGACUUCAUCGAAACGAACGGAGACAACUUUGCACUCACCAUCCCUUCACUCCUCCUGUCCUCUUAUCGAUUCAGCACCUACGACGAGCAGCUCAUUGAGCAGACGUACAACUGGGAGAUGUUCAUCUUCCUCCUCUCCCUAUUCAUCAGUUUCACUAAUCAGAUCCACAAAUGGUCGCACACGUACUUCGGCCUCCCUUGGUACAUAACAGCCCUGCAGAACAUGCACAUCAUCCUCCCACGCAAGCAUCAUCGCAUCCACCACAUCUCUCCCCACGAAUCUUACUUCUGCAUCACCACGGGCUGGCUCAACUACCCACUCGAGUACAUCAACUUUUGGCCACACCUGGAGAGCAUCAUCACGUGGUGCACCGGGGCACAGCCAAGAUCUGAUGACCUCGCCUGGGCCAAGAAGAUCAACUGA